AUGGCACCUAUUCUUGGUUACUGGGACAUUCGAGGGGUACGCCUCACAUCAUAACUUGCAUUUGAUCAGUUUGUGGCAAAUAUUGGGCUGAUUUAUUGACUCCACGUGUACAAUUUUUUUAAACAUUAUUUUUCGCAUCGAGCAGCUUGCUGAGCCCAUCCGUCUACUUCUAAACUACACUGAAACCGACUUUAAGGAUGAGCGCUAUGAACUUGGUGAUGGUAAGGUGUCUUAAAUUUCUCGUGAUCAUUGACAACGUGCGGGUGGCGUUGAAUAAUCAACAGCCCAAUCGCUAAUGUCUCUUGCAGCUAGCCCUGUACAUGUACUGUUGAAUACACAAAGUAAGCUCUUAGAAUGAAUACAUUUUUUCUUUGCUCUAAUUGUUUUCUUUACGUUGGAACAUUUUCGUAAUAAAACCAGGCACUUCUUGCAUUGUCUGAACUUGUUGUCAUCCGGUGACACGAAGAAGCCAAACAUACAAAGAUCAUGGACCAUGCAAAUAGCGACCAAAGUCAAGGAAUAAUGACUAAUGAUUAAAGCAACAGUUUCAAUGUUUUACGUCCUUUAGUUCCAUAGAUGGAUUUCUGGUAUUUCUUUCAAUCAAGUGCAUCAAUCUGGCGCUGUUUCUUUACGGUUUUACUUUCAGCUCCAGAGUACAGCGCCAAGGCUUGGACCUCAGUCAAGUACACCCUGGGACUGUCAUUUCCUAACGUGAGUUCAAAUCCUUUAAAAAAGAUCUUUAGGUUUGCUACUUAGGCUGACUCUUCUAAUAAUGUCUACUUGGUUUACUGUUCCUAUGCUAACUUGGUGUUAUUGCGGGGAAGAGACGACCACACAUGAGCUCAACUAAACAUAUUUUAAUGUUCUCCUUGUGGUCUCUAGAUACAU